UGACAAGGGCAGGGGGCUGCUAUUUUAGGGAGUAAGAAGGCUGUGAGACCGUGAGGGGGAGGGGGUCCCCAGCGCCGGAGCCGGAGCAAGCGACGCUGAGCCCGCGCUAGCGGCGUAGACAGGGCUCCAGAGCUCCAGAUCCGGGCCCCGGCCGCCGCCAGGGGCCCCGCCCGGUGCCCCUACCCCACCCCGCGUCCCUACUGCAGCCCAGCGCCUCCCGCAGUCGCCGCGGACCAGGCCCGCACCGCCGCCAUGAUGUGCGAGGUGAUGCCCACCAUCAGCGAGGAUGGCCGGCGGGGCUCGGCGCUGGGCCCCGACGAGGCGGGUGGCGAGCUGGAGCGCCUCAUGGUCACGAUGCUCACGGAGCGCGAGCGCCUGCUGGAGACGCUGCGAGAGGCGCAGGAUGGGCUGGCGACGGCGCAGCUGCGGCUGCGUGAGCUCGGCCACGAGAAGGACUCCCUGCAGCGGCAGCUCAGCAUCGCUCUGCCUCAGGAGUUUGCCGCUCUGACGAAAGAGCUUAACUUAUGUCGAGAACAGCUUCUAGAGAGAGAAGAAGAGAUCGCAGAGCUGAAGGCGGAGCGUAACAACACCCGGCUCCUUCUGGAACACCUUGAGUGCCUGGUGUCCAGGCACGAGCGCUCCCUGAGAAUGACUGUGGUGAAACGCCAGGCCCAAUCCCCUGGAGGGGUCUCCUCCGAGGUGGAGGUGCUCAAGGCUCUAAAAUCCCUCUUUGAGCACCACAAGGCCUUGGAUGAAAAGGUCCGGGAAAGACUGCGGAUGGCAUUGGAGAGAGUAGCUGUGCUGGAGGAGGAGUUGGAGCUGAGCAACCAGGAGACUCUGAACCUUCGAGAUCAGCUAUCUAGAAGGCGGUCAGGGCUGGAGGAGCCAGGCAAGGACGGGGAUGCACAGGUGAGAGGUACCCUUGCCAAUGGCCUGGGUCCUGUUGGGGACUCCAGCCGGCGUACAGCAGAGCUGGAGGAGGCCAUGGAGCGGCAGCGUGCCGAGGUGUGCCAGCUGCGGGAGCGCCUGGCGGUGCUGUGCCGUCAGAUGAGCCAGCUGGAGGAGGAGCUGGGCACUGCCCACCGCGAGCUGGGUAAGGCCGAGGAAGCUAACUCCAAGCUGCAGCGAGACCUCAAGGAGGCUCUGGCUCAGAGGGAGGAUAUGGAAGAACGCAUCACAACGCUGGAGAAGCGCUACCUGAGUGCCCAGCGCGAGGCCACCUCUCUACAUGAUGCUAACGACAAGCUGGAGAACGAGUUGGCCAGUAAAGAGUCGCUGUACCGACAGAGUGAAGAGAAGAGCCGGCAGCUGGCCGAGUGGCUGGACGACGCCAAGCAGAAGCUCCAGCAGACCCUGCAGAAGGCUGAGACCUUGCCUGAGAUAGAGGCUCAGCUGGCGCAGCGUGUGGCUGCUCUGAACAAGGCUGAGGAACGCCAUGGGAACUUUGAAGAGCGGCUUCGGCAGCUGGAGGCACAGCUGGAGGAGAAGAACCAGGAGCUGCAGCGGGCCCGGCAGCGGGAGAAGAUGAAUGAUGACCAUAAUAAGCGACUGUCAGAGACGGUAGACAAGCUGCUGAGCGAAUCCAAUGAACGGUUGCAGCUUCACCUCAAGGAACGCAUGGGGGCCCUGGAGGAGAAGAACUCACUGAGCGAGGAGAUUGCUAACAUGAAGAAGCUUCAAGAUGAGCUGCUGCUGAACAAGGAGCAGCUCCUGGCUGAGAUGGAACGGAUGCAGAUGGAGAUUGACCAGCUACGGGGGAGGCCCCCCUCCUAUUCCAGGUCUCUCCCUGGCAGUGCCCUGGAGCUCCGUUACUCCCAGGCACCAACCUUACCUUCUGGUGCCCCCCUGGAUCCUUAUGGAGCUGGCAGUGGCCGGGCAGGCAAGAGGGGCCGCUGGUCAGGGGCCAAAGAUGAGUCUUCCAAGGAUUGGGAUCGGUCUGCCCCUGCCGGGUCCAUCCCACCCCCAUUCCCUGGAGAGCUAGAUGGCUCAGAUGAGGAGGAGGCCGAGGGAAUGUUCGGGACUGAGUUGCUGUCCCCCAGUGGGCAAGCUGACGUGCAGACACUGGCCAUCAUGCUUCAGGAGCAGUUGGAAGCCAUCAACAAGGAAAUCAAGCUAAUCCAAGAAGAGAAGGAGACUACUGAGCAGCGAGCAGAGGAGCUGGAGAGCCGCGUGUCCAGUUCCGGCCUCGAUUCGCUGGGUCGAUACCGCAGCAGCUGCUCUCUGCCGCCCUCCCUCACCACCUCCACCCUCGCCAGCCCCUCACCUCCCAGCUCUGGUCACUCCACGCCUCGCCUAGCUCCGCCCAGCCCUGCCCGGGAGGGAACGGAAAAGACUAACCACGUCCCCAAGGAGGAAGCUGGUGUUCCACGAGGGGAAGGCCCAGCCAUUCCUGGAGACACCCCACCACCCACUCCCCGUUCUGCCCGUCUUGAGAGAAUGACACAGGCUUUGGCACUGCAGGCGGGGUCCCUAGAAGAUGGGGCUCCUCCCCGGGGAAGUGAAGGCACCCCAGAUUCCCUCCACAAAGCCCCCAAGAAGAAGAGCAUUAAGUCAUCUAUAGGUCGGCUCUUCGGCAAGAAAGAAAAGGGCCGCAUGGGACCCCCAGGCCGGGAAAGUGCUUCUCUGGCUGGGACACCCUCUGAUGAAACCCUGGCCACUGACCCUCUGGGGCUAUCCAAGCUGACUGGCCCGGGCGAUAAGGACAGGAGGAACAAGAGGAAGCACGAACUUCUGGAAGAGGCCUGUCGCCAGGGCCUGCCCUUUGCUGCCUGGGAUGGCCCCACCGUGGUCUCCUGGCUGGAGCUCUGGGUGGGCAUGCCUGCGUGGUACGUGGCCGCCUGCCGGGCCAACGUCAAGAGUGGCGCCAUCAUGGCCAACCUGUCAGACACGGAGAUCCAGCGGGAGAUCGGCAUCAGCAACCCCCUGCACAGGCUCAAGCUCCGCCUCGCCAUCCAGGAGAUGGUGUCCCUCACGUCACCCUCGGCACCUGCCUCCUCCCGCACUCCCACAGGAAACGUGUGGAUGACACAUGAGGAGAUGGAGUCCCUGACAGCAGCUACGAAACCCGAGACCAAGGAGAUCAGCUGGGAGCAGAUCCUGGCAUAUGGCGACAUGAACCACGAGUGGGUGGGGAACGACUGGCUGCCCAGCCUGGGGCUGCCCCAGUACCGAAGCUACUUCAUGGAGUCCCUGGUCGAUGCUCGCAUGCUGGACCAUCUGAACAAGAAGGAACUGCGAGGCCAACUCAAGAUGGUGGACAGCUUCCACAGGGUUAGUCUGCACUAUGGUAUCAUGUGCCUAAAACGGCUCAACUAUGACCGGAAGGACCUGGAGCGGAGGAGGGAAGAGAGCCAGACGCAGAUCAGAGACGUGAUGGUGUGGUCCAAUGAACGGGUCAUGGGUUGGGUAUCUGGGCUCGGCCUGAAGGAAUUCGCUACUAAUCUCACCGAGAGUGGGGUGCACGGGGCGCUGCUGGCCCUGGAUGAAACCUUCGACUACUCCGACCUGGCCUUGCUUUUACAGAUACCUACACAGAACGCACAGGCCCGGCAACUGCUGGAGAAAGAAUUCAGCAACCUCAUCUCCCUAGGCACUGACCGACGGCUGGAUGAGGACAGUGCCAAGUCCUUCAGCCGCUCCCCAUCCUGGAGGAAGAUGUUCAGAGAGAAGGACCUCAGGGGUGUAACCCCCGAUUCGGCUGAGAUGUUACCCCCCAAUUUUCGGUCAGCUGCAGCAGGAGCCCUAGGCUCACCGGGGCUCCCACUCCGCAAACUGCAGCCUGAAGGCCAGACUUCUGGGAGUUCACGAGCGGAUGGCGUGUCGGUCCGGACGUACUCCUGCUAGUGUGCACCUACAGGUGCCGGCUCUGCAGUGGUGCAAGGGGAAGGCAGGAUGGCGCGCCAGAAGGUCCUCACUCUGUGGACUGCCUGGCCUCAGUGCGAGUGGCCUCACUCUUACUUGGAUGAAGACCCUUCCAAAGGCUGGGCCGUUUUCCCUCCUUUCUAGAGCGUUGUGUAGCCGGAGACCACCGCGAGGGAGCUCGCACUGCGGACUGCACCACCUAUGCACACCAGCCCGGUGCGCUGGCUCCCGCCUCCCAAACGGACUGAGCCUGGACCAAACCACAGGAAAUGGACUAAGAGGGGGGCAGAGGAAGAAGAGGACAGGAAGAAAUCCCACCCAAACUUCCGCCUCCCUUUUCUCUACUUUGUAAUUUAUUGGCCCGUUUAGGAUGGGAGCCGGGCCCCCUGCGCCUGCGGGAAGGGGGCGGGGCUUCCUCUCGGGCCGCAUGCGGGGAGAGGCUGCCCCCCCUUCUCUUGCCCAGUCGCGGGGCCGUCUUCCUUCUUCGUCCUCAAGGAGGGGAGGGGAGACUCGCUGCUACAAGCCUCGCCCCCCUGUGCCACUCAGCCCUGCCCCGCUGCGCUUGGUCGCCAGUCCUCGGGGGUCAUCUUGAGCGGGGUCCCCUGCCCCCCUCCCGUGUCUCGUGUCCCCCGGGGCCUCCCGGCCCCCGUGUUAUGGCGGUGUCUGUGCCCAAGGGUCAGGGACGCAGCACUGCGUUCCCAGUUUUCCUCUGGCUCCGGGGUUUGCAUGGGAAAAUCCCUCUGUCACCUAUGCUGCUGAGUGAUGAGGCGUGGGGAGGGACGGACAGCGGGGAACCCCCACCCGACUCUGUCGGCCUCCCAGCCCCAGGCGUCGCUCAGUGAUCACGGGUAAAGACCUACUGUUUCAAAA